GAAAAUGUGCAGUAGUGUAAUGGGAACAGCGUUUUGGCUCAUCAUCGGACUGUUAAUUACCUAUGGGAAAGCAUUAGGAUGUGACAAACCUCAUGUGCGAUGCGUGAACGAAAGUACUUUCACUCUGGACGUGACGAUAUUCGAUCGUACGUUCGAUUUUGGUGUAGUCCUGAAUUGUCCGGAGUAUCAUUUUUGUCACGAGAGAACGGAUACACCAUGCAUGCCGUAUCCACCAACUACAACUGCAAUUACCGACACCGAUGAAAUUGCUACUGAAAGACAUACCAUCACCACUACAUCGAUUACUACUACAGUUACACCUCCUGAGUGUCGAAUGAAUGGCUAUUAUCCUGCCACCAAAGUUAACCAAUAUUACGAAUGUAUUAGAGUCUUUUGGUGGUAUAAAGUUACAUUAAAAACAUGUAAAACUGGAUAUAUCUACAGUACAAACAAUCCACCUUGCAAUAAAUCUUCAAAUGAUGUUUGAUUAGUUAUUAAAUAUUUUGUUAUUUAGAUAUGCAGUUCCAGU